AUGGAUCCAUUAGAAGAACAAACACAGGAAAUAGAAGUACUUCAAUCUAUAUAUCCAGAUGAAAUAACAUUACAUUCAAAUAAUAAUUAUUAUAUAUCAAUAAAAUUAGAUUGUCAAUGUGAUAAAAUUCAUACAUUACAAUUAAAUGUAAAAUAUCCACCAAAUUAUCCAAAUGAAAUUCCACAAUUAUCAAUAAAUAAUAUAACAGAAGAGGAUGAAGAAAUAGAAGUUUCAGAUGAAGAAGUAGAUGAAGAUUUAAUCAAAGCUUUAAAUAUGUCAGAAUUGAUUAAUUUUGAAAAAGAUGAUUUAAAAGAAUUAUUAAAUAAAUUAAAUGAAGAAGCUGAAUUAAAUCUAGGCAUGCCCUCCAUUUUUGCGUUAAUUACUUUAUUAAAAGAUGAAUCUGAAUCAUUAUUCUCUACUAAAUUACAAUUAAAACAAAAUGAAUUUGAAAGAGAAAGACGAGAAAAAGAAAAAGAAGAAAGUAAAAAAUUUAUAGGUACUAAGGUCACUAGUGAAAGUUUUAAUGAAUGGAGAUUAAAAUUUAGAAAAGAAAUGCAAUUUGAAAAAAUGGAUUUAGAAAGAUUCGAAAAAAUGCAUAAUGGUAAAUUGACCGGUCGUGAAAUUUUUGAAAAAGGUUUGGCUAAAGAUGAAGAUGAUGAUGCAACAAAUGAAGAUAUAAUUGAUAAUAUGAAAAAGGUAAAUAUAUAA